AUGUUAGACCGAUUAAAAUGCCUUGUAUGGUAUUCUAUUGAUAAUCAGCAGUACAAAAAUGCCAUCUUUUACGCUGAAAGAUUGCAUGCAGUGGAAGAUUCAGGCGAAAGUUUAUACCUCUUGGCGUAUUCACAUCUUCUCAACCUUGAUUACAACAUUGCUUUUGAUCUUUUGAACCGUAACAUUAAGCAUAUUCCUUGCGUAUUUGUUUAUGCAAAAGUAUGUUUAAUUUUAGGCCGUUAUAAACAGGGCAUCACUUCCAUAGAAACUUGUCGCCCUCAAUGGAAAUCUUUAAUACCAAACCUAAAUGACAGCAAUGCUAAUCGGGGUCGCCCGGAUGCCUCGAGCAUGCUUGAUGUAUUGGGCCUUAUGUACAAAAAAGCAGGUUAUAUAAAAAAAGCAACAGAAUGCUUCGUGGAAUCCAUUUCAAUUAAUCCAUACAAUUUUACUUGCUUUCAAAAUCUAAUUGCAAUCGGAGUCCCUCUUGACGUGGAUAACAUUUUUAUCUUACCUCCAUAUUUAAAUGCCCCAAAACUUCCAGAAAAAUUUCAGUUUAAUUCUCCUUUGGUGGGUUCUGAUACCUAUUCUUUAAAACGCGGAAAAAAGCCUUUCCCAUCGUUAACAAAGCAAGCAACGUCCGAAUUUCCAGUCAAUCCUUCCUCCAGCUCUUCUAUGUCGGCAUUCACGAAUUGGUUCGACCGAGUUGGCCCUAACAAUAAUGAUGCCGAAGACGAAGGAUUAAAAGAGGAAACCAAACCAAACCCAACUUUUUCUUCAUACCAAGAUACUUCCAAGCCAUUUACUAGUUCAUCUUCUGUACGAAAAGACAUUCUUUCCAAAAAUGAGGUCGCCAGCGCAAAGUUAUCGACGUACAAAACCGGUGCGCGCUUUGCAGCAAAAUUACGUGAAGCUAGCAACAAAAAAAAUGAGGGAGAAUUACCUUUGAGCUACAAGGACGAAGAUCUUAAUUUGUUAGAAUUAUUAAAGAUCUUUGCAAAAGGUUGCUACUUUUUAGCCUGCUUUCAAUUAAAGGAUGCAUUGUCUUAUUUUUUAAGCUUACCGAGGGAGCAUAGGACGACACCAUUUGUGCUUUCAAAAAUAGGUGUAACAUAUUUUGAGAUGGUUAAUUACGAAAAAGCCGAAGAUGUUUUUCAGAAGCUUCGUGAUCUUCGCCCCUCGCAAGUAACGGAUAUGGAAAUAUAUUCAACUGCGCUUUGGCAUUUACAAAAGGCUGUUCCUUUAUCAUAUUUAGCUCAUGAAAUGUUGGAGACUAAUCCAUAUUCUCCAGAAGCGUGGUGCAUUUUAGCGAAUUGUUUCUCUUUACAAAGAGAACACUCACAGGCACUUAAAUGUAUAAAUAGAGGAUUACAGUUGGAUCCUACCUUUGAAUAUGCAUACACGCUUCAGGGUCACGAACAUUCCGCUAAUGAGGAAUAUGAAAAGUCGAAAACAUCGUUUAGGAAAGCGAUACGUAUCAAUGCCCGACACUAUAAUGCUUGGUAUGGCUUGGGUAUGGUCUAUCUGAAAACCGGAAGGAAUGAUCAAGCUGAUUUUCACUUUCAACGUGCUGCCGAGAUUAACCCCAACAACAGCGUUUUAAUAAGUUGCAUUGGUAUGAUUUUCGAAAGAUGUAAAGAUUUUGAAAAAGCGUUAGAAUUUUACUGCAAGGCCUGUGAGCUAGACGAUAAAUCCUCGCUUGCGCGGUUCAAAAAAGCAAAAGUUUUGAUUUUAUUGCACAAUUAUGAUAGAGCAUUGAUUGAGUUGGAACGACUAAAGUCUAUAGCACCAGACGAAGCCAACGUUCAUUUUAUGCUAGGAAAAAUCUACAAGCAAAGGGGACAAAAGAAUAUGGCGAUGCGGCAUUUGACAAUUGCAUGGAAUUUGGAUGGAAAAGCCAAUCACAUUAUAAAAGAAUCCAUUGAAAAUUUGGAUAUUCUAGAAGAAAACUUACUCACCGAAACUGGUGAAAUUUACAAGAAUUACGACAAUUAG